AUGGAUGCGCAGAAUGCUGCCGAGUCGGACCAGACCAGGCCUGCUCCCGCUUCCCCUCAGCAGCGACCGAGCUCUGGGACUGGCAAGAAACCCAAGUCGCCGGCGCUCACCAAGGCCACAUUGCCAGCUCGAGAUCCCAAGCCAAAGACUUCUCUGGUUGCUGCCGACGAUACUUCCCCUUCUUCCUUGGUUGCCCGCCCCGACGAUGCUCCAGAGGACCACGACUCCGACGCCGAGACCAUCGUGCUGCCGGGGAAAGAUGGUCACUCGCCCUCAAAAGCCCGGAAAGUGAGACAAGAGGACAAGAGCGAAAGCGAUGGCGACGCUUCUAAAAGAAACGGUGCCAACGGCAACAGAAGACACUCUCAUGAUGGCGAGGAACCAUCCUCCUCCGUUGCAGCUGGCAGCCGGCUCGUCGAAGGUGCCAGGAAGAAGCGCCCGUCCGUCUCUGCUGGUUCCUCCGCCGACAAGGACCGUCGACCUCGCAACAAGGAAGCAGCCUCCAGCGGCAUGAGCUCUUCACCAGUUUCUCCACCUCAUCAUCCGCACAUCCAAAACCGAAACCAAAUCCAUCACCCUAAUAGAAGGCGGCGUUCUGACGCUGCUCCGUCAUCGCCAUCAGAUUCCGAACAGUCCCAUCUUCAGGUAUCUUCAAAGGCAUCUCUACGCGAUAAGCUCAAGUCAGGUGAACGACUAGUGCCGCACAAACGCAAAGCUCCCAAGGUCGAGUCCGACGACGAGGCCGACAUUCGUAAGGCGCGUCGUCAGCGCACCACAAGCGCCGGUGUUGAUUUUGGUCGACACAGGGAUUCCAGAUCUUCUCUCCCCAAGAAUGAAGGCCGAAAUCGAUCCGUCUCCCCUGCCCAUCGACAACAUCGACGAAGCAUAUCCACACAAUUUCCCUCCCAAUCAUCAAACGGCUUGGGUACCAAGAAACGACGCCUCCCGCCGCCUCUCCAGUCUACAGACUGCCAAUCGGACGAUUCAUCCACGGGCGGCAGUCCCCAUCCCCGCAGCUCCAAAUUACGUGGUUUGGCCACGCCGGCUCCCGCCGAGGCCAAUGUCUCGCCCGCCAAGAUGGGACCUCACAAAAAACAUCUCGACGCUCACGGCCAGACAUUAUUAGCCCGCGCUUGUGCCCGAGGUGAAUACGACGGGGCAAAGCAACGGUUGCAGGAACGGCCCGAAGAUCUAAACGUCGCCGAUUACGCUGGAAAUACGCCUCUUCAGAUUGCCGCAAUUAAUGGAUGCGAAGAUAUUGUGAAACUCCUCAUCGACGCUGGGUGCAAUUCAGAGUGUGUCAAUUACGACAAAGACACUCCUUUGCUUGAUGCUGUCGACAACGGUCAUCUCGGCGUCGUGAAGCUGCUUCUCGAUGCCGGCGUGAACCCGCGAAAAGCCAAUGUGAAUGGAGAGGAACCAAUUGACCGCGUCAGCGAUGAUACUGACAAUGCGGAAGAGAUUCGUGCCGCACUUUCUGAAGCCAAGAAACGACAAGGUGACAGGCAAAGAACAUCGGAGGAUCGACACUCACAUGCUGACGGUCAUGAUUCUCAUGCCCCUGACAGCCCCCGACAUUCGCCGGCCGCUAUAACUUCUACGAGCACGGCUCGUAGAAGUGGAACCGUACGCUCUACCAAGACCAGGAAUGAUUUGCUCUACAUGCCUUUAGAUGACAAGACCUUGCGUCAAGCUGCCGGGCGUGGGGACGAGGAGACGGUUGCCCGCAUCCUGCAAGUCAAGGAGGGAUAUGACGACCCCGAAUCAAUGGUAGCUGCGGCUAGAGGAGGUCAUGACCUGGUAAUCCAACUGUUGUUGGGCUUGGGUGGAGCAAACGCAGACCCCGGCCCUGUGGCUUCGCUUCCUGGCGAGUUCGCGACACCCAUUUUGGCAGCGAUUGGCCAAGAAAAUAUCAAGGUUGUAGAAUUACUUUUGGAACAGCAGGGAUUCGAUCCAACCCGGCGGUUUAAGGGAGAAACAUAUUACGAAAUCGCCAGGAGACGACAAGGGACGAAUUGGAAAGAAGAGGAAACCAAACUCAAAGACGCCUACGACGAAUAUAAACGAUCCCAUAAGGAUGGUCUUAAAACGAAAUCCCCGGGUGGCCGACGGGACAAGGCUGCAAGGCGCGACGACACAAAGGAGGAACCGAAGUUCAGCAAGCGACGAAUGUCAAGCCCGUCUCGAGAUGUCGAACUCAAGAAAAGAUCGUCCAAGUUGGACAGUCCCCGAGAGCAAAAACGGUCUAAUUCUAUCAAUAUUAGGGGCGAUGAUGAGUUUCCAACGAGGGGCCCUGGUCGACCUAAAAAAGAACAUUCGGCUAUCUCAGACCGCGAGAUUUCACCUGCUCUGUCACACAAAGCUCAAAGGGCAAAACGAACGGACUCUGACGUUGCUGCCAUGUCCUCUGAAGGGGAGGCAGCCAAACCAAGGCGCAAGCUUGUCUCAAAGGGUGAACUUCGAAGUGAACGGGACAAACACAAGCGGAUUUCCUCACAUAAAGAGCCUUCCAGCCCACGAGAAGCCCGAAGCGACGACAUUCCUGAAAAAGCAAGGCUUUCUGAGAAAUACCAUGACCGUGCCAAGGCACUCAAGCGAGACGAAUCGCGGGAUCGACCGUCAGGGGACGGCUCAGCCAAGAGGCAUCGGACAAGUGUGACGCCUGACCACCCGAGUGAUUUUGACAAGGACGGCAACGAAGGCACAGUAAAGAGACGCCGCUUGGAUGUUGAGGGCCAAGAAUCUCGCCAGAAGCGGGUGUCUUCCGAAGAUGGCCGACAGCGCAAGUCUAGCGCAUCUCGUGAUGGAUCUUCUAAAGCGUCGUCUAUUUCCAGCCACAGGGAACGUGAAGACGGCAAGAAGCGUGAUUCUGAAAUGAAAAUGCUCGGACACUUGGCGCCCAGCGAGAAAUCUGUUCGCGUCAAGUCUGAGGAUGUGGACGUGCCAAUGACAGACCUUGAGCCCCCAAAGGACACGGAAUCUCCGGAUAUGGACAAUGGAAAGCAGGAGGUGGAAGCAGAAAUAGCCAGGCUCAAAGAAGCCGAGGAGGAGGCGGCCAAAAAGAAAAGGGCGGAAGAGGAAGAACAGGAAAGAAAGCGUAUCGAGGCAGAGGAGGUAAAAAAACGGGAAGAAGAAUUAGCUCGAAAGGCCAGGGAGGAAAAGAAGCGCCAAGAAGAAGAGGAGGCUAGACAGCGCCAGGAGCAAGAAGAACGUGAGCGUCGUGAGGCUGCCGAGCGAGAAGAGGAGGAGAGAAGGAAGCGGCUUGAAGAGGAGAAGAGGAGGAAGGAUGAGGAGGAACGGAGACAACGUGAGGAAGAAGAGCGACGUCGCCGAGAACAGUUGGAGCGUGAAGCGGCCGAAGAGGCACGGCGUCAACGGGACGAGGAGGAGCGAAAAGAGCGCGAACGCCGCGAGCGUGCCCACCGAGAAGAGAUGGAGCGCAAACGAGCAGCAAGGGAGGCUGAGCAAAGGCGCCUUCGCGAGGAGCAAGAGCGUGCUCGUCUUGAAAAACUUCCUCCCCUUCUCCGUUGGCUGGACAUGCACCCGGGCCCAAAAACGGAGGCAAUUGCCGGGAAAUUCAGACACAUACCGGGUUUCCGGUACGACACCAUUCGGCCAGAUGCGACGGGGACCGCUGAAGGCCGUGAGCAAUGGCUUCUUAAUACCAACGUGGCCCUGCUUCUUGGCGAGAAAGACCUUGACCUCUCUAGAUAUACGGCGUGGGAACGGGCACCUGUCUCCCGCCUAGCUAAAACCAUGAUCUGGCGAACCGAGUGGCCUCGGUACUCAUUACUGUUGGAGCAGCUAUGGGAACUCGGUCGGCAGCUUCCCGGCUACUACCAUGACACUGACCCUGCUCACCUUGACUUUUUCGCGAGGAAACAGCUGCAGGAUGAAGCGCUGGAGAAGUUUUUGGCUCUGGACAUGUUCUUCGUCAAGCUCUCUGACUUCUUAUAUACGGUGCCGAACAUUCCGCAUCUGCGGAGCUUACGAAUUGCUGUAGAGUACCGCGAGCUACCGGAAAACGAAUCCCAACUUCACGGGUGGAAGGUAUUUUCGAAGUGGAAACAAGACCCAGGUGCCGAGCGCUUUCAUCCUUUUGCUCCGCGCAAUAAGUACUACAUCAACGGCGUCUCGGAUGGUGAUGACUUGCCAGUUCCUCACCAAACAAGCAAGACACCCUUUCCUGAAAAACGAGUUCCUCGACGAGGCUUGGUGCGGGUGUUCCCCGAGGAUCCUGAUUAUGAACAAAUAUCAAACACCAUCGCUGCCAAAUGGAGACCAUUCGUCGCCGACGAUGCCGACAGCGACGACGCCGUCCAAACCGUCCGUUAA